CACAACGAGUACAAAUUUGUGUUCAGCAUAGAGACACGCUGAUUGUUCUGUGUUGUAUCUUCAAUAAACACUUUGCACUGUGCUGUGCAGAUAAGACGGGGAGAGUGCGAGCCCGCCUGAGCUGUUCCAGCGCCAAGAAAGUCAGUGUGUGGAAAAGCUGCGGUGUUAAUUGGACGAUUUGUGUGUCUCAGGCGGACAUUUGACUAAUCAAUCGGGGCGCGCGCGAGUGCGAUGGCGAGUGGAAAAGCGGCGGGAAAACAGGAAGUGGUGCUGGUGACGCGCGCGGAGUGCGUGGAAAUUGUCAGUCAGACGCUGAAUUUGGACAAAGUUCGCGUCGUUGAUUAUGCCAUUGAGGCGGCGAGUGAUGAAAUUCUUGGAUUCCUGGGCGAGUACUUCAGAUUGGCCAUUACGAUUGCCGAAGAUUCCGGCGAGCGAAAGCUGUACUAUUUCUUGAAAGCUCUGCCUACGGACAAGGAUCAGCGGGAGCUGCUCGAGAGGAUUGGGCUCUUUCACAAGGAAGUGCAGCUGUACUCAAUUCUGCUGCCGAAGCUCAAGUGGAAUACAGGCUCGUCAAAGUGGAGACCAAAUUGCUACCUGUCCAGAUAUGAUCUGCUGAUCAUGGAAGAGCUGGGACACUUGGGAUUCGGUCAUGUUCCCGAUCGCAUGGAGUUCACGCGGAAACACAUGCAGGAAACGCUGAAAUGUGUGGCAAGAAUGCACGCGGCGAGUCUGGAAUUUGAGAUAAAUCACUGUGAAAACACGAGAAUUGACGCAAUUUUCGGGAGUCUCUUGUUCGAAUCUCAGAUAUCCGGCACAAAUCCGUGGUUCAAGGCUGGCCUGAAUGUCGUGAAGGUCUUCGCGGAGCGAAUGUCAAAGUUCAAAGAUCACGCAAUUGUCCGUGACGGCGAUAAGCUUAUGGACAUGAUGGAAAAGGUGUAUGAGUUUCAGUAUUCCACCAGAGACUACCAGAAUGUCCUCUGCCAUCGGGAUCUGUGGAGCAAGAACAUCAUGUUCCAGUUCCCGAAGCGCCACGGCAGCGACGAGUGGGAUUACGACAAUCCACAGCACUGUCUCUUCAUGGACUUCCAGAUCUGUCGCUAUCAACCGCCGGCCGUUGAUGUGCUGCUCACGAUUUUCUUCAACACUCGCCGCAAGCAUCGCGAUGAGCAUUUCGAGGAGUAUUUGAAGUUCUAUCACGACUUCCUGCGCGACGAGCUGAAGAAGUACGGGAUUGACGCCGGCGUUAAGCUUCCGUGGGCGGAAUUCCGGCAAUCCUGCACUCACUACGCCCUGCUGCCGCUCGUCUUCAACUGCGUGUACGCGCCACUGACUCACCUGACGCCCGGCAUUCUCGUGCAGCUGCAGAAGAGCGACCCUGAGAAGUACCACCGCGUCUGCAAUGCAGAGAGAAACGACUUCGUCCUGGAGAACAUGCAUCUCGACGCUUUCUACCACGACUACGUGACGGAGGUGAUGGAGGAGCUGCUGCAGCAUCUCUGCUCGGGUCACAUGGCUGAGCGCACGGCGAUCAUCCCAUAAGCUCCUAAUGGGCGGUUAAUUAGUACAAAAAUAAAUGCUGCAUUUGACACGCAACACGCGUCACAACUGUCC